AUGGGAAACAGAGAAACUCUUGCUUACACUCUCAUUUGGAUCUUUCUUUAUCUCAAAUCCUUGUUUUGGAGAUUCAGGCCGCGUUACACUGUAGUUAAGUCUGUCUUCUUCAGACUGGCCCACCACCUUAACAUCCCCCGUUUAGCUGCAGUAACAAGCUAUAACUUCGACUUCAAGUUGUAUAUGGUCAAUAAGGUCGCGUCUGUCAAUAAAGCACUAGACGAGGCGGUUCCUCUCCGCGAACCAGCACUCAAAAUCCGUGAAUCCAUGAGGUACACGCUUCUCUCCAGUGGAAAACGUGUAAGGCCAAUGCUUUGCUUAGCUGCGUGCGAGCUCGUAGGCGGCCAAGAGUCCACCGCAAUGCCCGCUGCAUGUGCUGUUGAGAUGCUGCACGUGUCAUCUCUCAUCCAAGACGAUCUCCCUUGUAUGGAUAACGAUGACCUUCGUCGUGGGAAACCCAGCAACCAUAAAGCCUUUAGCGAAGGUAUAGCCGUCUUGACCGCUGAUGCACUCAUAGCUCUGGCUGUCACGAAGAUGGCCGCGUCCAUCUCUUUGGGAGUUUCUUCGGAGAGAGUUCUCCGGGCCGUUAUGGAGAUGACACGAGCGGUGGGAACGGAAGGGCUCAUUGCGGGUCAAGCGGCGGAUAUAGCCGCAGAAAGGAUUAGAUUUGAGGAAAACGAAGUCGGGUUGAAACAUCUCGAGUUUAUACAUAUUCACAAAACGGCGGUGUUGCUUGAAGCUUCUGUAGUGGCGGGAGCUCUAGUGGGAGGUGGGUCCGAUGAAGAGAUUGAAAGGCUUAGGAAGUACGCAAGAUGCAUUGGGCUUUUGUUUCAAGUCGUGGAUGAUGUGUUGGACGUGACAAAGUCGUCGGAGGAGCUGGGGAAGACGGCCGGUAAAGAUUUGGUGGCUAGAAAGCUAACGUAUCCGAGUCUCAUGGGAGUGGAGAAGUCGAAUGAAUAUGCGAAGAAGUUAAACGUACAAGCGAGAGAGCAUCUUCAAGGGUUUGAUUCACAUAAGGUGGCGCCUUUGUUGUCUCUUGCUGAUUACAUUGUCAACAGACAAAACUGACUUGAUA